CACCAACAGUGUAAACCAAGAGUGGAUACUGACACCAACAGUGUAAACCAAAACAAAAAAGUGUGUAACAUGAGUUUCGUGAAGGUUUGUCUGUUGGCUGUGGUAAUUCAAACCCUCGUUGGAGCCAGUACCGCUGACCUUCAGCCACUUACUUGGCAAGGCAACUGCAACCACUACUACAAUCCAACCCUGAAAGUCAACCAGCAGAUCACCCCAGUAGCAUCCCCUGUUUGCAAAGGUUUUGACACAGCUCUUAGCGACUCAUUCGGAUUGGGAUCUGCCACCUCUGCUAACGCUGCAGCAGUCUCCGCUGCCGUUGACGGAAUAAAAGGGCUUACAAAAGUGGCUACUGCAGCAGCUAAGUCGUUCGGCGUUUUUGGCGCUGCCUUUGGCUUUGUUGCCUCGCUUACAGCACCAUCCCCUGACGACAUUUUAGAAAAGGUUAAUGACGCCUUUGAGGAGAUAACGAACGAAAUGAACCAUCGCUUUGAACAAAUGAAAGAUUACGUCGACCAGCGAGUGAUCCAAUUAUAUGUUGAUGGCCUCAACAGCGAAUACCGAGCGCAUGCCACCCAAUGGAAAAACUGUCUGACCGACCGACGUUUACUGCAAUGUCAGAGGCAAGUGCUUCGCGAUAUGGAAGCAGACGGAGUGGAGAAGUUCAUGUCGAAGGAAUUUCAGUCCAAGAGUAAAGUAUCGUAUCCGUACGACACAAAGAAGCUUGAAGCGUCCUUGAUUGUCUUCCGAGAUUUCGCCAGCACCUAUUUGUAUGCACUUAGAACUUCAGCGAACUGCCUGAAUGUAGAUGACCCCUUAGCAUCGGCCGAAGAAAAGGCGGAGAGAAAACAAGACUUCAGAAGUACUUUGCAAGACAUUGAGACAUACGGCAAGAUGUACCAUGAUUAUGCAGUAUGGGCAAAAGAAGAAAUAAAAAAAAACCAGAGGGAAUACCACGAGAAUAACAUCAAAAGUUUUAAGGAAACAGCACAUGAAAAGGAAAACUCAGAAUGGUUUGGAUCCAGUUGCCCUUUCAUUUAUUGCAAAAGCGUUUGGUUGACGCUUACGAUCCAACCAAAGUGCACCACCAUGUCAGUUGAUGGCCAGCAUUCCUGCAAGGUCACCAGGGAAACGAGCCGUUACGAUGAAGCUACACGCGAUUAUAUGAAUAAAAAACAUAAAGCAGAGCUCCAGAAUUCAGUCAACGCAGCCGCUAAACAGAUGUGCGAGUCUUCCUAUGACAACUUCAUGAAAGAUUUGGAGACGUACUGGUGCACGGAGUUGAUGAACACCGCUAACCUGUGGAAACAAGCGUCUGAGGCGGCAGCCGUUGAGCUAAGAAUUAUGGCCGGGCAAAAAGAUUCGUCCGGGAAUUAUGAGUCCGGAGACGAUCCGGAAUACUAGUCGCUUAAAAGAACCUCUCCGAGGGGUACACUUUUGUAAAGGCGCGCAUUUGCAUUUUCCAAGGAAUAAAUAAUACCCAAGCGGU